UUUCACGUAGAUUUGAUUAUGCAUAAUCAAUCAAACAUUCUCAUCCUCUCAUGUGUUUCGGCGCGUUUGACAUUUAUUUACAAGCGAUACAUUAGGUUCUUAUGGCGCUAACUUAGAAUAUCAAAAAGUAUAAUUUAUUGCGCUGUAAUUAUGUUAUAUGUACGAUAAAUAUAUGAAAAAAUAAUUGACACGAUCUCUUUGACAUUUCGUAAUUUUCAAUUUGAAGGGAACAUUACGUAAAAACAUUAUAAAGAAAAUAAUAUACAUUUUUACUUUUCCUCAUUAAAAUUAAACGGAUUAUAUAGCUACGCCAUUGCAAACUCAUCAAAUCAUUCUAUUUUUCUAUCCUUCUGCGCUUAUGCGAAUUAAAUAGACGAUUAGAAUACGAAAAGAAAUGGUUCUGCUCGUUUUCUUUCUUAUUAUUUGGAGAAACAAAAUAAUUCAUCCACAAUGAUCACCAUAUCGCUGCAUUCCUCGGAGCACUAUUUAAACGCCACCGUCGAUCCGCAAAUCGCAGAAUAGUCUCCAACUAUCGUUUGUACGGUUUCUGAGCCUUCUACAAGUCUUCUAAAAGUAAGAGAAGAUUUUUUGACAAUAUGAAGCCGCUCGUUGUUCUGAUUAUUCUUUUUGCAUUGAGCGCUGGGCAAGUACAGCGAUUGUCAUCCUCUUACAAGAACGGCGUCAAGUGGGAAUUCGGCACUAACAUCUUUCAUGGUGAUAUAUUGGCCCGCUCUAAUAUUGAUCAAGCUCCAACGAUAUCUAGCCUUUAUAAGAACAAACCGAUUGUGCCAAUAAUUAGAAAAGAGCCAGUUGUAGCGACGGUUUAUAAGAAAAUGCCUGUGAUAUCGGACAUCUACCAGAAAAAAAUCGUCCUUCCAACUGUUCUCAAGCAAGAGCCCCUCGUACAGAACAUUCGCAAGCAACAAUCGACUGUUUUCAAGGCGCACUCAGUAGCGUCAAAUAUUUACAAGGGCGUUUACAAGCAACAGGCUGCAGUGCCAAUUGUUCGCAAGGAGCAAUCGAUUGUAUCCAACAUUUACAAAAGCCAACCAAUCAGACCAGUUGUACACCAUCAGCAGCAAUCGCUGCAGCACUUCGUCGUUCCCGGGAUUUUACCGGCCGACUCAGAGAAGAAGCUGAAGCAUCACGUAUGGAAUUAUCAAUACAAUCCUCAUCACUUGAUUGCUCCUGGCAAUGUGCAUGUAGUUUCACAUAACUAG